UCUCUGCGUUAGAUCCAAGAUGGCUGUGUGUAUUCAGAAUCGAAAGAGGGAUAGCCUUUACCCUUUGACCUUACAACCUGCUGACCACUUCCGUACACAAAACUCAACUUGUCAGGAGAGUGUACUCCAUCGGUCCCCCGGGUGCCUGUUGGGCCACACUGCGGCAUCAGUACUCAUUUCAGCCAGUUUCAUAACCAGCUGAAAACUCAUUGGUGGAGCUUCAACAUAAUUAAUAAUCAUUUACAUCCAUUGCAAAGCAAGAUGCAAGGAAAAACCAGGGAAGGAACAGUGAAGAAGAGGGGAAAGUCAUUAAGCACAAAUGGGGAGGAGAGAGCAGCUAGUGGUUGCUAUCACCAUGAAAGUCAGGGCAAAGCUCGGAGCCACUGAGAGAUAGUAAGAGUGCUGCACAGGGGAAUAUCUGCCCAGAGAAUACAAACAUUUUCAGCUCAUUAGGUUGGAUAAACAAAGGUCUUACUGUAGGAGAUGCUGAGAGUCAUGGACAUCAGCUGGAAAACAACAAAAGAUCAAUAUCUUCAGAAGGGCGGUGGAGGAAAAUAAUGGGAUGCCAACAAAUUCAAGGAAAGACGCCCACAGCCUGCCUCAGUGCCAAGUUGUAAAUUGAUGAGGAAGACCAGAUGUGUGUCAGAAGCUGAGCAAGAUGGGUAAUGCCAUGCGAGGCAUCAUUGCCUUCAUCCCCUCAGAGCGAUGCCAACGAUUCUUAGUUGGGGACCUGAAGGAGAUGCCUCUGGAUCGGACCCUGGACCUGAGCAGUCGGCAGCUGCGUCGACUGCCUCUUGCUGCCUGUGUCUUUGAUGAGCUAGUGAAGCUCUACUUGAGUGACAACAACCUCAGCAGCUUACCAGCAGAGCUGCAGGGCCUGAAGAAGCUGCAACUCCUUGCCCUGGACUUUAACUGCUUUGAUGAGCUCCCUGCAGCUGUUUGCAGAUUGCCCCUGCUCAGCAUCCUUUACCUGGGUAACAACAGGCUGUACAGCCUCCCAAGAGAGCUGGGAGAGCUGAAGGAAUUGAACACUCUGUGGCUGGAGAUGAACUGCUUCACUGUUUUCCCCGAAGUGGUCUGUGAGCUCCCUAAUCUCAAGACCCUGCACCUAGGUUACAACCAGAUACAAAGUAUACCUAAAGAGCUGGGAGGGCUGGAGGAGCUGAGGAGUAUCUGGCUUGCAGGGAACCAGCUGGCAGAGUUCCCACCAGUGUUGCUGGACAUGCACUUUCUGGCUGUCAUUGAUGUGGACCGCAACAAAAUCCGCCGCUUCCCUGGUCUGUAUCACAUGCAGGGACUGAAACUUGUCAUCUAUGACCAUAACCCCUGCGUAAACGCCCCUGCAGUGGGUGAGGGGGUCAGGAGAGUGGGGCGCUGGGCGGACUGCUCAGAUGAUGAACAGGAAGAGGACGGGUCAAAAGCAGCAAGUGAGACAACAGUUGAGGUCACAGAAGUUCACCAAGAGGAGGAGCACAAUAUUUAAGGUGAAGGAACAGAGUGACCCUCAGCUGUGGCAAGGUCGGCCGCUAUGAAUGGCAUUCAAGUGCAGCGCUUGAAGUAGAGAGGUGUUCUGUGCAACAGGCUGAUGGUUGGUCCAUAUAUGGUAGAGCCAGUCUGAUGAGCCUUAACAACAAAACUUAAAGUAGUCCAUCAGCAUGGCUUACAGAAAGGGGACAUUUGAAUCCUGAAAUAAAGAAUGUUAUCAUAUUCAGACACCAACACUGUAUGAUGUUAAUGUUGAACUUGGGAGAGAAAGUUUAUUUAUGCCUUGAAAUGAUAUUUUAAAUUGCAUUGAUGUUCAAACACAUCAGAUUUUAGGUUUUGAACCAUUUAUCUAGAUCCAUAUAAGACAUAUCAGCACAAGAGUACACAAGAAUAUUUUCUUUGGGGGGAUUAAUAAAUUAGUAUUUUCUUAGGACAGUUAAACAUAACAGUGUUUUUGCAUUGGGUUGAGGUCACUUCGCAAUUAACUGUUGCUGAGGUAAUGGGGUUAUCUGAGUUUGUUCAUAACCCCAAAUGUCAGAUGAUGGAAACAAAAAAAUGGUAUAUCAAAUUGGAAAUUGAAUUGUUCACUCAACAAUAAACUUGAAAAGAUAUAACUAAACUCAAAGGUUGCAUUUAAAUAAAGGAAAGCAGUCAUUACACAAACUCUUGUUCCAGCAGGGUCUGCCAUAUCUAGACCUGCUUAAGGCCAAAUACAGGGAGCUUUUUAAUACCACUGAUGGAUGGUUUAGGUCAAUUAGUGCACUCCUUAUUCAGACCAAUGCAUAAUUCAUCCGAUAGAUCGAGGAUGUGGCUUUGAAUAAAGACUGCUAAUGGGCUUUAAUAUCAUCACCACAAGGUUCUGAUUUCACACAGAUCAUAAAAGCAGCUUUUCAGUUCUUCAGUAUACUGGACAAAUGUUCUAUGAACAAGAUGAAAUGUCAUGGGUCGUGUUAGUAUUUUGAAUCCUAAUAUAGGGAAAGAGAUUAAAACAUGCUGCAUACCAACAAAUGUGGAAAAUGGGAUUAUUUCAAAUAGCACGAAUACACUGAACUACUGUAUCAACAGAUUUAAUCAGUUUCCUGUUAUUAAAAAAGUCAUUUUUUAUGUGUUUGAGAGAAACAACUUCUUUGUCUCUUGGAUCAUUCAAAUACCGUGAACUGUGUCAAAGAACAACUUUUUUUUUGAUAAGAUGCCCCAAAGCACACUUAGUUUCAAACAUUUCUCUCACAUCAUAGAGAAAAGCCAACAGGGGAUUUGAGGUUUCAUUUUGUGACAUUUCAAAAUAAGGGUCUUUAUCAGUUUUUGAAAAGCUGUAACUAAUUUUUUUAA